CAGUAGCAAAUCUCCGCCGUCGUCAGCAGCCAUGUAUCUCCAGACGCGUGGGCCGAUCGUCAGUGAGCAAACGCCCUUGAACAACACGAUGGCCAAGAAGGACAGCUGCGACGAGAACACGUGCGACCUCAAGGAAGAGCGUCGCUGCAAUGACAUCCUCUUUGCCAUUCUCUACCUCCUCGCCUUUGGCGGCGUCCUCGUGCUCUUUGCGACCUUGUCGUCCGAGGUGCUCGACUACGCCGGCGACAAGCUCGUCCAGGAGCACCACAAGUACAAGUACGCGCUGCGCAUUGCCGGUGCGAUUGCCGGCGGCUCGGUGCUCCUCUCGCUUCUCUGGACCGGCAUCAUGCUCGUCAUGGGCAAGCUCCUCAUCUGGAUCGCGGCCAUCACUGCGAUCGUCGGCACGUUUGUCGCUGGCGUCUUUGGCUCCAAGUUCCUCUACGACAACGGCGACGAGACGUUCUUUUGGUGCCCCGUCGCGCUCGGGUCGCUCCUCUCGAUCAUCAUGACUGUGUACGUGUGCUGCAUUCGCCGCCGCAUCGCGUUCGCGUCGGCCAACCUCAAGGUCUCGUGCUCGGCCGUGCUCCGGUACCCGGUGAUCCUCCUCAUUGCGCUCGCGGCGACGCUCGUCCAGGUCGGCUGGGUGCUCAUCUGGGCGGUCGCCACGUACGCGGCCGUGAACCACGGUGAGUACACGAGCACGGACGGCAAGGGCUACAACGGCGCGCAGAAGUUUGGUAUCUUUACGCUCAUGCUCCUCGCGUUCUUCUGGACGCUCUUUGUCAUCCGCAACGUUGUCCACGUAACGACGUCGGGCACGGUUGCGGCCUGGUGGUACAACGCCGACAACGAGCGCAAGUCGAUGACGAGCACGACGGCCCUCUGCCGCGCGCUCACGCUUUCGUUUGGCUCGAUCUGCUUUGGCUCGCUCGUCGUCUCGAUCAUCGAGACCAUCAAGACGAUCCUCGAGCUCUUCCGCCACGCCGCCUCCAAGUCGGGCAACUCGGUCGCUGUCUGCCUCCUCGGCUGCCUCGAGUGCAUCAUUGGCUGCAUCUCGCGCAUCGUCCAGUACUUCAACAAGUACGCGUACUCGUACGUCGGUAUCUACGGCUUUAGCUUCAUCCGCGCCGGCAAGGAAACGUACGAGCUCUUUGAAAAGAUGGGCUGGUCCGCCGUCGCCAACGACUCGCUCAUCGACAACGUGCUCCUCAUUGGCUCCGUCAUGGUCGGUAUGGUCGGCGCCGCCGCGGCCUACGGCGUCGUUGCGUGGGAUCGCGCCAACAACAACAGCCUCUGGACGCAGAACCUCGACAAGCCGCAGCUCGUGCUCGGUAUCACGGGCCUUUUGAUUGGCUUUUCGAUCUGCUACAUUGUCAUGGCCGUCAUCAACUCGUCGGUCGCGACCGUCUUUGUGCUCUUUGCCGAGGACCCGCACUCGCUCCACCACUCGCACCCAGAGCACCACGACACGCUCCACGAAGCGUGGAACGACAUCUACCCGGAGGAGUACGCCAAGAACCCCCACGGCACCAAGAAGGACGAGACCAAGGCGUAAGUUUCGUCUACGAUCUAGAUCUCACGUCUGUACUACAUCGGGACGAAUGGCGACAUCAGUUUUGAUCUGUGCUA